UUAACCCAUUUCCGUUGCCCAGCGUCAAAGCUGUCUGUAUGUAUGAAUGAAUCUACAGUUCAUUAGAUUUUUAUCUGCUUGAUCCCUUCUCUCUCUAACUCUCUCUCUCUCUGCUUUCCGAUAUUAAUACUUUCUUCAUAUGAUGAUGGCAUAUGGGUGCCUCCUCGUGUUGUUUUGAGGAUCUCGCCUGUUGAUAUCAGCCAGAAUCAGCUAGUCCUUCUUUCGAGUUCCUUUUAUUGGCGUACUAUCCAUAUGCCACGGUACAGAAGAACAUUUCGCUAGAAUCUGAUUCAAUCAAGCUUAUUCGACUUUAAUUGAGAACCAUGUCUCAAACCAACUGGGAAGCAGAUAAGAUGCUGGAUGUUUACAUCCAUGAUUACUUAAUAAAGAGGGAUUUGAAGGCUUCUGCCCAAGCUUUCCAAGCUGAAGGAAAGGUCUCCUCUGAUCCAGUUGCCAUUGAUGCCCCUGGUGGAUUCCUCUUUGAAUGGUGGUCUGUUUUCUGGGACAUAUUUAUUGCAAGGACGAAUGAGAAACACUCAGAGGUUGCUGCAUCUUAUAUUGAGUCGCAAAUAAUGAAAGCACGGGAGCAACAACAGCAGCAACAACCUCAACAGUUACAGCAUGCUCAGCAGCAGCAGCAACUUCAGAUGCAGCAGCAACAACAGAUACUUAUGCAGCGACAGGCCCACCAACAGCAACAGCAGCAGCAGCAGGCCCAACAGCAACAAGCUCAUCAGGAUCAGCAGGCCCAACAACAACAACAAACUCAGCAGGCGCAGCAGCAGCAGCAGCAACAACGGAGGGAUGGUGUGCACCUUCUAAAUGCAACAGGCAAUGGGCUAGCAAAUAAUGACUCACUUAUGAGACAGAACCAAGGACCAGCCAAUGCCUUGGCCUCUAAGUUUUAUGGAGACAGACUAAAAUCACCAAUUCAAAGGGAUCCAAUGGAUGAUGCAGCUAUAAAGCAAAGGUUUGGUGAGAAUGUCAGCCAUGUCUUAGACCAAAACCAUGCAGCAAUGUUGAAGUCAGCUGCUGCUGUUAGCCAGCCUUCAGGGCAAGUUCUUCAUGGUACAGCUGGUGGUGGUAUGUCCUCACAAGUUCAGACUCGGAAUCAGCAGAUUCCAGUGCCAACAAUGGAUAUAAAGACAGAGAUGAAUACUGUAAUGAACACUAGGGCUGCAGGCCAUGAAGGAUCAUUAAUUGGAAUUCCUGGAGCCAAUCAAGGCAAUAAUAAUUUGACUUUGAAAGGGUGGCCUCUAACUCAGUCAAAAUCCUUUAUGCAAGGGGGACACCAAUUUAAUCAACUUCAGAUGCUUACCCAACAGCACCAACAGCACCAACAGCAGCUCAUGAAUUCACAACAAAAUAUGGCUUCCCCAUCUGCCAGCGAUGCAGAAAAUAGAAGGUUGAGAAUGCUUAUGAAUAAUCGAGGUAUAAAUCUUGGGAAGGAUGGCAUUGGGAAUUCUGUGGGUGAUGUAGUUCCAAGUGUUGGAUCACCUCUACAAUCUGGUUCUGCAGUUUCGGCUCGAGAUGAUAUGAUGCUCAAGCUAAGAAUAUCACAGUUACAGCAGCAGCAAAGCAACCAACAACAGCAGCAGCUAAGCAACCAACAACAACAGCAGCUAAGCAACCAACAACAGCAGCAGCAACAAAUUCAGCAACACACUCUUUCUAUUCAGCAAUCUCAGAGUUCAAGUCAAAAUAUUCAUCAGCCGGAUAAGAUUGCAGGUUCUGGAAGUGUUACAGCGGAUGGCAGUAUGUCCAAUUCAUGUAGAGGAAACGAUCAGGCUUCAAGAAAUCAAGGUGGGAGGAAAAGAAAGCAACCUGGAUCAUCAUCGGGCCCUGCAAAUAGCUCUGGAACUGCAAACACUGCUGGUCCUUCACCAAGUUCAGCACCUUCCACACCCUCAACUCAUAAUACACCUGGUGAUGCGAUAUCAGGGCCACCUUUGCCACAUAACAAUAGUUCAUCAAAGCAUCUGAUAAUGUUUGGUAAUGAUGCUAAUAUUACUCUAACAUCUCCAUCGAAUCAGUUGUGGGAUGAUAAAGAUAUUGUACAGGCUGACUUGGAUCGGUUUGUGGAAGAUGGAUCUCUUGAUGACAAUGUUGAUUCCUUUUUAUCUCAUGAUGAUGCAGAUGUGAGAGAGACUGUUGGCCGUUGCAUGGAUGUUAACAAAGGGUUCUCAUUUGCUGAAAUCAACUCUGUUAGGGCUAGCACAAACAAAGUCGGUUGCUGCCAUUUCUCAUCAGAUGGUAAACUGCUUGCUACUGGUGGUCAUGAUAAAAAGGUAGUACUGUGGUAUACUGAUACCUUGAAGUCAAAAAGUCAACUAGAAGAGCAUACAUCAUAUAUUAACGAUGUUCGUUUCAGCCCCAGCAUGCCACGCCUUGCAACAUCUUCUUUUGACAAAACUGUGAGGGUGUGGGAUGCAGACAAUACUGGUUAUUCACUACGCACUUUCACUGGGCAUUCAGCAGCAGCCAUGUCUCUAGAUUUCCAUCCAAAGAAAGACGAUCUUAUCUGCUCUUGUGAUAGUGAUGGUGAAAUUAGGUAUUGGAGCAUCAAUAAUGGUAGCUGUACAAAAACUUUCAAGGGUGGCUCGACACAGAUGAGGUUUCAACCUCGUCUUGGACGCUAUCUAGCCGCUGCGACUGAAAAUGUUGUGUCCAUACUUGACGUUGAGACUCAAGUUUGCCGGCAUUCAUUACGGGGGCACUCUAAGUUGAUUCGUUCAAUCUGCUGGGAUCCUUCUGGCGAACAAUUGGCAACUCUCAGCGAAGAAUGCGUUAGGGUUUGGUCGUUUGGAUCCGGAAGUGAAGGGGAAUUAAUUCACGAACUUAGUUGCAAUGGAAACAAGUUUAAUUCUUGUGUUUUUCAUCCUAUGUUUUCCACAUUGCUGGUUGUUGGUUGUUACCAAAGUUUGGAGCUUUGGGACAUGUCUGAGAAUAAGAGGAUAACGGUUCAAGCCCACGAUGGAAUAGUUGCGGGUCUGACUAUGUCUCAUGUCACCGGUUUAGUAGCUUCGGUUAGCCAUGAUCAGAUGGUUAAGCUUUGGAAGUGAUAUUAUGAAUGUUAUACGAGGAUCUUGUUUAAUCACUUUCUUUUUUUGUUUAUUUUUUUUAUUAACAGAUUGGGUUUAUUUAAAAGAAUAUUUCCUUAUAGGUAUUGUCUGUCUUAUGUGUUUGUGA